ACGACUAGUCGACGAUGUAAACGACGACAAUGUUGAAUGUAGGGUAAGUAGGUACUAGGUCGUUUUACUCAUCGUUCGAAGGAUGUAGCGUUUACAUCGUAUAUAUGUACAUAUAUACGCAUGCAUAUACGAGAAAUUUAUUAACUUUACAAGAAUGUCUAUGAAUGAUAAUCGACUCUACGCGGUAAAUGACAUAUGUAACAGAAUGUCUAAGGAAUUUGUGACCGUCGAUGGCAAUGUGAGGAAGAUUCAGAAAGAGACUCUAACUCCUUACAAAGUGGCAACUGUUAUUCUAAUUAAAGAAUACUGUAACGAUACCACGAAAGUGAUCAUGGAGAGACGUAACUUUUGUUUAGCAUCGUUAAAAUUAAUUCAGUCGGCAGAUAUGGAGUUGGAUGCCCUGCUGAAUAUGUUAUACGAGCCAGAGUAUGCCUUACAUCGGUUUGCGGAUCGACUGGAAAUAAAUCUAGAUGCUGUACAUGAGAAAGGAAUCGAUCAGCUAUUAGAUUUAUUUGAUAAUCUUCGCCGAUUAAUGGAAUCCAAGGAUCACGCGUUAUCUUUACCAGCAUUAAGUAGAAAUUCUGUUCUUGGGUUGUACGUUCGUAGGAUGCUCAUUUUCUUUGAAAAAUUGGCCUUCGAUCAAGUGGUUGCUCUCUACAACGAUAUGGAGAAAUAUGUUGUGAAAAAAAUCGAUAGUCUGGAGAAUUCUGACAUUUCAAUUUCCAAGCAAGAGGAUUUUUUUGGUCCGGAUAAUAAAGCAAAAACAAUUUGGGGUGGAAGACAAGCAGAAUUACUCGUGGCGCAACAAGCGCAUGCUUUACAAACUGACGAGCAUAAAGCACUGCCACCAGUGGAGUUGCGAGUUCUCGUACAAGAUCUUCUAAAGUCUAAUCCUUACAAUGCGGAUGCACAUUACCUCAGUUAUCUAAAUUGCAUCCGCGUCAACGAUUUUUGUGGAGCAGUAGACAGUCUCUAUCACUGUUUUGAUAGACUGGCACCUCUGGAGAACCGAUCCACACCCGAGGAUCGAUCUCGUACCUUCCGUUACGCGGCACUCAAUUUGGCUGUUUUACAUGCCCAGUUUAACCAUAAUCGAAAUUCAGCUAGUAGUAGUUUAUAUGUAUGUAUGUACGUAUGUACAUAUUUACAUACAUAUUUACAUACAGCGUUACAAAUUUGUUUCAACCAAGUAAUUCUCGUGGCUUUCUUGGAAAGGGAAGUAGCACAGUAUGCUUUGAAAGAAGCUAUUAAAUUAGCUCAGGAAGCUGGAGACAACGUGUGUUUGCAACUUGCGCAUUCCUGGAUGUCCUACUUAAUCAGUAAAGAGAACAAAAAAGGAUCUCUGAUAGAACGCUCGGUUGGCAAAGCAAGUCUACUCGGAAUUACACAUACGACAGGCUUAAGUCUCAUUUCACACGCGCAUAGUUAUGCUUUAGAAGCCAAGAACCCUCCUCAAGUAUUCGAGAUAUUGAUGAAAUCGGACAUGCUAAACUGCCAGCAUUCAAUGUCCGACUUGAUGUCUGUCACUUUUGCGGAGAAAUCGGCGUUGUGGGCGUACUAUGGCAAAAUGGAAAUGGCCUCCCUUUGCGGCCAGUUACUACUUCUUCACAAUACAGGUGAUAAGAAGCAGCACAUGUUCAAUGGACCAUCUACGUGCCAGGCGAUCGUCACUGUCGCCAAUAUGUUGAUCGAGUUUGGUGAAUACGCUCUCGCUGACAUUGUACUGGCACAUGCCAAGGAAAGAUUUCCCAACAGUCCUUGUAACAAGAUCUGGAUGUUAAGUGAACAAUUGCAUAUAUUGACGCAACUGCUGCGACAAGAGAAAUGGGGCGAGGCAGAAGCAGUAGCUAGGAAUAUCUCCAGCUUGGAUCAGCUGGAAUCCAAACUCAGGUUGGUAGAAGUUUGUCUGGCAAAAGGCGAUUUUCCGAAAGGACUAGAACACAUUGGCGCUAUCGAGGAGCAUCCACACGUGACUCCGCCAUACGUGAUACGUGCCGCGCUUCUUUCUAGUCAGAUAACAUGUGUCUCCUCCUUGCCAGACAAUGGGACAGCAAUCGCUACUAAUUGCAUAAUGCGUCUUUGUUCAGCCUUGGAAUUGGCUGCACAGAAUCAUUUGUCAUAUUAUAAGGCGCUUGUCAAGAUGCACCUUGCCAAUAUACAAUUGUUAAUGGGUCUGCCUGUGUUGGCUUUGAACUCGGUGAAGGACGCUAUCCCCACAGUCUUGGGUCACGGUGGCUGUUACGAUCAAGGCAGGGCAUUCAUGUUAUAUGGCAAAUGUCUGAUAGCUUCAGCGCCAGAAAAACCUUUUGAGGCUCGGAAAGAGAUAAUUCUCGGCGGAAUAAAAUCUCUAUCAAAGGCACAGGAGCUCUUUACAAAAGUUAAUGCCAUCGCCAAAAUCAAGAGUAUCGUGCAUCUGCAAGCAGUUUUUUAUAACGAGAUUAACCUUCUGCCUGAACGAAAUCAAUGCGCUUUCGAAUUUCGCCAAAUGGAUGAACAAUAUCUAAUGACUCCUACUGAUUUAUUUUUGUAUUAA